UUUGCUCUUUCCUUUUCUUAGGGGAAGAGAGCUUUGCGAAAAGACGAUUUUGCCCUCUGAUUCAUUGGCUAUGGCGGCGCCGGAAGCUCCCGUUUGCUAUGUCGGAGUUGCUAGAAAGUCCGCCGCCUUCCGUCUCAUGAAACAAAUGGGAUGGGAAGAAGGAGAAGGCCUAGGCAAGAACAAGCAAGGAAUCAAAGGAUAUGUCAGAGUUCAAAACAAACAGGACACUGCAGGUAUCGGUAUAGAAAAGCCAAAUGAGUGGGCGUUUGACACUGCUCAGUUUGAUAGCAUACUUAAAAGAUUGAAAGUGCAAACAGCUGAAACCAACAAUGAUGAAGUAAAAGAGAAAAAAGAAGUGCAAAAUGACACAACAACAAGAACUUCUAAUGACGAACAAGAGACUGUUGCUAAGGUUACUCGACCUCAAGGAAGGUAUAAGAAAAGAGAGAGAGGAAAGCUUGUUCAUGCAUAUUCCUCUCAGGAUCUUGAAGGAAUUCUUGUCAAAAAGACAAAGACUUCUCAGACAAUUGAUGAUCAGAAGGUACCAGAUACAGCAGAGACUAUUAUUGUUGCCGAUGAUGCAUGUAAUGAAGAUCAAGGUGUUCCCCCAGAAUGGUGGGGCUAUAAAAAUGGAUUUGUCUCGGGAGGAUUUCUUGGAAGUCAAGCUCAGAAGAAAAAGUCAUCCUCAUCGGAAAAGAUGCGAGACUUCAGUGAGAGGACCACAUUCCAUGAGGAUGAUCAAGAAAAUCUUUAUAAUCUUGUCCAAAACACAGCCACAACUGGAAAACAAGGACUGGGUAUCAAGGACCGGCCAAAGAAGGUUGCCGGUUGCUACUUUGAGGGGAAAAAGACGUCCUUUGAAGAUAGUGAUGAUGAAAAUUCUUCUGAGUCAAAUCCUCCCAUGAGAGAAGAAUCUGAAGAAAUCAGUGACCCUGUAAAAAACGAUGAACCAAAAUUGAAGCUGAAGAAAUUGUGUAAACGGCUGUUGAAACAGGCUCCGGGGAACUCGUUAAAGCUGAAGCAGCUUAAAGUGCUAAUUGAUGAACAAUCAUCAGAUUUUUUCUCCAAUUUAACUAAAAAAGAAGCGCUUGCUUUUUUGAAAUGCAAGCUUGAAGGUAGUGACAAGUUCUCAGUGGAGGGAAAGAGGGUGUCUCUUUCUUAAAGAAGGCUGAAAGAAUUUCGCCUUUGCUGAGAUUGUAGCUGUAACGAAAUGUAGAUGGCCAUCGAGUUUAGGUGAACACAGUAAAUCAACUAGGUGGGACGUUAUGAGUUUGCCACCUCAAGUUCAUUUUGUUUUGCCGAGAUAUAUCAAGGAGCAGACCAUUGCGUUUGGGUAGCGAAGUACAGCAUUUAGGCAGUCUUCUCUUCAUCCACUGACCUGCCCUUUUGUUCUUUUUUCUUUUCUUCUACCACCCUCUCUGCUUUCUUUUUUGUUUUUAAAACUACUUUUUGGGUGAUUAUUUGUCUGGUAUAGGCUGAGGAAUAGAAGUCAGUAUAAGUUGUAUUAUGAGCAAAUGCACAAUUAUUUGAUUGUUACAGAUUUUUGGUUUGUUAUUAUUGCACAGA